GAAUAUAAAAACAAUCUUCAUAAUAAAUAUAAAAAAAAAAGAAAAAAAAGUGUAAUUUAAUUCAAAUAAAUUAUAUUUAAUGAUUAUUUAAUAUACAGUACAUAUUUAUUUUUUAUUUAAAGCAAAGUUUUCAACUCGUCAUUAUAGAUUUUAUUUGAAAUUCAUAAAUAUACAAAGAACUAAACAACGAAUCAGCUGUUUUUAUAAGAUAGAUGAUAUGAUCUGUCAUUUUUGCAAGUAGGUCAGUCAGUGCGCGAGUGAUUUAUCAUUUGUUUUUAUUAUGAUUCAGAACUAAAGUAUCAAAUAGUCUAUAUUAUGCAGAAUAUAAACUAUUGUUGGGGAAAUUUUUCGCAUAUAAAUCGUUUAUAUUAAAUAAACGAUUUCAGCAAGAAAAGAAGUUUAAAGUUCAUAUAUAAUUAUAGUAGAGAAAUAAUUUUUUUUUUAUAUAUAAAGAAGUCGAUGAAGUGCAAGAAUGGAAGGAGCACUCGUUGGUGGAGUUCCGGUCGAAUCUUUGACCGGGGAAUUAGCUGGUGUUUGGUCAGGAUGGCGAGCAUCGGGAGAUCGUGAAGUUGUCAGAGAAGCUUCAGCAAAAGGAUUACAUAUCAAUCUUGCUUAUAAAUUUCUCAUUCAUAGAAGAGGAUGUUCUCACGAUGAGGCUAAAUCUUAUUUUUCAAAUGAGGUUGACAUUUGGAUAAAUGAACUACUCAACAAGCGUCAAGUUCAUAAGGCUACUCAUAUUUUAAAGAAUGUGGAGAAAAAUCCAUCUGAGUUCAUUUGCACAGUUUGCUUUAAAUGCACAGAGCCAUCGUUAAGAAAUUACUUAGCUCAGCAUUUAAUAAUUAUUAAUGGUUUCGAAGAAAAACACUUUGAAGCUUUAGAAUUGAUAAAUUGGAUAGAAGAACAUGAAAAGAAUCAUAAACUUCAAGGUGAGCUGAUAUCCCACAAAAGUUUAGAAAAUGUGAUUAAUUUGUCUUCGGACAUUAAAAAAUGUAUUUACGUUGAAUUAUAUUUUGAAAAUUUUAAUCCAAAAAUUGGACGAAAAUUAUCUAACGAUGCAGUAUGGAAUUAUCUGCUGAUAAAUAAUAAAAUUAAAUUAAUAAAUAAUUGGAUCAGUAUUAUUUAUGAAUGUGAUAAUAAAGAAAUUGACGAUAAAGAUGAAUUAGAAAAAAAUUUUGGAAAUCUAAAAAUAACUGAUAAAAUGAUUUCGUCCAUUGAAAAUUCUAAUGCAAUGACACCUGUCAUUCAGAUGACUCUUAAUUUUUUAUGCAGAUUUGGAGUAUUUACAAAUAAAGAGAAGAAUGAUUUUAAAUUAAUUUUAACAAGAUUUUUUAGCAGUCUAAUAACGCCCUCGGAAUUUAAUAAAAUAUUAUCACAAGAAUCGUGUAAUAUUAAUAAACAAGAUUUUUUACAUAAAAUUGACACUGUGAAAUAUUCGAGAAAUUUUCAUGAACAUUGUACAGAAUCAAAAAAUAGUAAAAAAUUAUUGGAUUCUUUAAAUGAAAUGUGUCAAGAAAAUAAUGAAUCAACAUCAUCAUUGGAAUUAUUUGAACAAGGAAUUCUCGAAGGAAUUUCAUAUAUUUCUCAAGAUUCUCUCGAAUUUUUAAAAUCUAAUGAUAUAAUUGCAUUUACAUUAAUUUUAUUGCAAUAUUUAAAAAAAAAUAAUGAUAAAAAUUUAUUAGAAGGCGAAUCGUUAAAAGAGAUUUUUACAAAACAAAAAGAACUCAAAAUUGGACAUUUAACAAUAACAAGAGAAAUUUUUGCCAAUAUUUUAGAUCGUCUUCCAUAUUUAAAAAAUGAAAUUAAAGAGAAAUCUUCACAAAUUAAUAUAACGAUGUAUCAACUUCUUGAGGGUUUUAAAAAUUUUGAUUCAAAAAAAUUUUUUAAAUGGCGUCAAAAAAAUGAACUGAUGCCUAAUUUUUCCAGUGCUUAUUUAAUACAUAAAUAUGGACAUAAAGAGAAAUUAACAUAUAUUAAUUAUUUAAAGGAAUCAAGACCAAAUAUGGCGUACAGUAUUCUUUAUCAAUUGGAUGGAAAAUCUUUACGCAAUAUUUCUUCAAAAAUGAAAUCACAAGUUUCACUUUCGGCACAUAUUUUUGCAUUGAGACAUUUAAAUGAAUUGGACGUUGUCAGUAGUUGUAUAUCUUUCAUUGAAUUAUUGGGUGUUGAUUCAGAUAAUUUGAGACUUCAUGUAACAGUUGCUGCUUUAGUUGAAAAGAAAUUAAAUUUCUCUAUUGGAAAUUUAUUGGAAUCAGUUGUGUAUAAAAAUCAACAAGACUUAAUGACAGUAUUAUCACAUUUGGAGAGGAGUUUUAAUUCAUCAUUGAUAAUUAAUUUAAUUAAAGAACCACGAGAAUUUGUAUUAGCUUUAAAAACAUGGGAUAUUAUCGUACGUUUCGCAAGAGCACACAAUGCAACUAUUCCAACAUUAUUUCUUAAAUUUUUAGCAUCUCAUGAUAUGUGGUUUGAAUAUAUUUUAGUGGGUCAAAUAUUUUCUUAUCCUUCCGAACAGAUUUUGGAGAAUAUUGUUUUGUUUAAAAAUCCAAAUCUUCGUGAGCAUUUAAUAUUAUCGUUAAAUAAUCCUCAUUUGUUGAGCUUAAAUUCUGUAGAUGAAGAUUCUAAAAAUAAAAUUUGUGAUUCUAGACAUGGUCUUUAUAAUAAAGUUAUAGUUAAACAGGUUUCAUUAGAAUCAACAACACUGACUCGAGAAAUUUGUCAGUCAGUUAGAGAACAUUCCUCGUUUACUGAUGGUUCAUUUGCAAAUUUAGAAACUCGUUUAUUUAAUAAUGAUUUAUGGCAAAUUGUUUUAAAAUGUCACAAAAGUCAAGAUCCACCGAGAACUUUAUUAAAAGCUUCUCGAACUUUAAAGGCACCAAUUCUUACGGUUUUAGCUUCCUGCUAUGAACCAUCUUCUGCUGCAACACAUUGUUAUUUUUGGCUUGUGGUGUCUGUGGAAGAUUCAGAAUUUUUUCUCAAUUCAAAAGAUUCUUUAGAAGAUCAAGUUUGGUCGGCGAGUAAAGUUAUGCAACUUUUUAAUAAUUUGGUUUAUCAUAAUUAUGUCAGUACUUUUAAUAAGGGUUUGACGAUUUUCAUGCCGGAAAAUCCGUUAAGACUCUUUUCUGAAUUUUUGGUUGAGUGCAUAUGUUUAGGAGAUUUCGAAAAAUGCAAAACGAGUUUAACAAAUUUUAUUUCAAGUUGUUCGUCGCUCAAAUGUAAUAAAAUGAUCGAUUGGGAAACUGACGAAACGUAUUUAGAUAAUAUUUAUUGGAUCGAAACAGUGGUAGUGAAAUGCCUUAUAACUGCCUUGGGAAAAUGUUUUCAAAGUAGAUGUUUACAGAUAAAAUUUUUAGAAAUUUUGACGAGUUGUGAUUUUUUCAAAAAUUUAACAGUUAAUACACCAAAUUUUUAUUCACUAUUAGAAAUAAUGAAUAUCCUAAUAAAAACAGAUGUUGUAUUUAAUUUUUUAUUUUUUGACAUCGUUAAUAAUGAGCAAAUUUUUAAUAACGAAAUUGAAAGAUGUAUCAAUGAAUUAUUGAAGGAAGAAAAUUAUACGAGUGCCUUAGAAUUGUCAAAAGUAGCAAAUUUUAAACCGUCGAAAAUAAUUCUUGCACAGUGUCGAAGUGAAUUCAAAAAACAAACUGGUAUUAUUGAAUCAAAUUUCUGGAAAAAAUGUUCAGCUGAUUUUAAAUUAUAUAAAGUGUGUUAUGAAAAAGCAGCAGAAUUUUUUGUUGAACAUGCUGAAAAAAUUCAAUCUUGUAAAGAGAGGUUUGAAAUUUUAAAAUUGGCUUUAGAGAUACUUAAGGAAAAUUCCAAUGACUGUCAAACUUGUGAUAAAGCAGAAAUGGCAAUGUGGAAAUCUUGCAUUCUUGCUGGUCCAGAAAAUAUUGAGAUUAAAAAUGAAAAUGAAAUUUUUCGUAAAUUAAAAACUGAACUUCUCUCUGAAUUGAAUAAUUUACAAAUUACUUGUAUUCUCAAUGAUUCACAGGAGAAGGCUGCUUUAGAAUUGUUAAUUAAUAAAUUAUUAGACGCUGGAAAAUUAGGCACAGCACUUAGAAUAAGUGCAAUUUUCAAUUACAAGCAUAAAGAUAUACAAAUUUUGAUGCUGUGUUUAAGUUUAGCUGAGGGGGAGAUUUCGCCUUAUCAAUUAACUGCUCAGCAAAAAAUGUUGAUUUCUGAAUCAGGAAAUAUAAAGCAAAGACUUGGGAUCUUGAGAAAUAAAGGACUUUCCAUAUUGCCAUCGUCUUCAUCUUUAAAUUUGAGCGGAAUUCAUGAAGCUAACGAAUCAGCAGCAGCAACAACAACAACAACAAUAAAUCAAGAGGAAUCAGAUUGUUUAAUGAUAUUGACGAAAUUAUUAAAAAGUCUUCGAAGCGGUGUCACAAUUGGAACGAGAAUUGUCACCUGUUACAAAUUAUCUACAACUUUAGGAAAAAGUUAUCAUUCUUUACUGAUUCUUAAUGAUCCAAUGAGACUUUUGCAGGAUGUUGUUUUAAGUAAUUACGAUCGUACAUUGGAAAUUGCUAAAGAUAUAAUAAGUGCAUAUCAAAUUGAAAGUCAUGAAGUUGCUCAAUUUUUGGCUGAGGAGAUUGUUGCUUCUAUUACUCGAGUUGUAGAAGACGGAAAUAACGAUUCAACAAUCUGGAGUUAUCCUCUUGAUAUUAGUCUUCAUUCUGUGAUUGAAUUAUCCAAAGACACUUCAAUUUUGGGAUUGAAAUUACUUGAUAUUGCUAGUAAAUUAUUAGGACAUUCGAAUGGUGAAAAACGAAAUGUGAUAACUCUUAAAAUUGCUGUGGAAUUAUUAAUAAGAUCUCACGAUUGUUUUACGACUUCCUGUAACAUGGAAGGUAUUGCCUCAGUUUUAAGAAAAUGUCAACAAUUGGCUAAUGCUUUACAAAAUUUAAAACUUUGGAGUUUAUUGGUGCGUCUUGUUACCGGUGUUGGUCGUUUUACUGAAAUGAAUUAUGUUUUUAAAAUACUCAAAGAGCACGAUCAAUUUGAAUUUUUAUUAGGAAAAGGUUUAGACAAAGUUCCAGGUUUAAAAAUGGCUCUUCUCGAUUUUGUAAAACGUUAUUGUCCAGAGAAUAAGGAAUUAUUAAAUAUUAUUGCACUUCAUUUUCGUUUAUAUUAUGAAAUUGCUUUAACUUGGGAAACUGAAGCUCGAGAAAUUAUCGACGAAUUGAUUAGUGAAGCAAAAAAGGAGAAUCUUAAAUCUCAAUAUCCUAGUCCAACAGACGUGAAUUUAACGAGAAAUGAAAUUACAGAGAAGAGAUUACAAUUGGCAAUUUCUAAUUUCACUCUCGCUACGCAAUAUUUCUUACAGGACAAUAAAUUAAAUUUAGCGAAUCAUUCUUCACAUCAGGCUGAAUUAGUGGCUCUGCAAAUUUCUUUACUCUAUGCAGUUCAACAAACUCAUCAAUUUACUUGCAUUUUAAAUUUAAAUAAAGAUGAGGUUGAUAAAGCAAUUUGUCAAUUUUUGAAUUUUCCACAAGCUUUAAUUGUCGCAAGGGCUUAUAAUCAUCAUGUCGAUUGGGCAAAUGCUGUUUAUAAUCAUUGUAUUCAUCAAGGAGAAACGAAAUAUUUAAAAGAAUUCGUAAUAUCCAAUAGAUUUACAAUAUCAAUUAUCAAUGAUUGUGUUCGAAGAUAUCGUCUUGAGAAGAAUAUUACAAAGUCCAUGACAAUGAACAUGAGGAUGCUGGUGGCUCAUUUGAACGACACGCAAUUUAAAUAUGUUAUAGCAAGUCAACUUGGUUUUAAAGAUAUUAUUGAAACAAUGUUAGAAACUCCUGCCAUUGGCUCGUAUCUAAAAGAUACAGUCUGGAAAAAUCGUUAUGACGAUUCAGGUUUUAUAAGCUAGUCGAUAAUUCUUUUUUUUUUAUUUUUUUUUACAAAAAUUUAUGAAUCAUUUCUAUAUAUAUUAUUAAAAAAGAAAAAAAAUAUUAUAGAGUUAAACUCUAUUUGAAUGCAAAUGCUCUUUAAAAAUAUAUAUGAGAUUUUUUUCUCUAUAUAAUAAUAUAAAUAUUAAUAUUUAUUAUGUUCAUAAAAUGUACUGUUAUAUAUCUAAAACAUAUAUAAAUAAAUAUAUAUUUUUUGUAUGGAACUUGUUUUUA